UUCUUUUCGUUUCCUUUAAAGUAAAGCAAGAAUCUUCAAACCAAUAAAUUAAACAAAAAUCCCAUUAAACCUUCUUCUUUAAGCCCGUUUAAUUUAAUUCUUUUUAACUCUGAAAAUUCUUUAAGGAUGCCGGAUGGUAGAUUAAGGGAAAGAAUUUCCAGCAAAGCCGAACGACAUACCAAUCAUCAUCAAACGACGACGACAACGGCAGCGGCGAUGCCUAAUUACUUUACCGAAACGCUGACGUCUCCUUUCGGGGAGUUGGCGACGAAUUUAUCGGAAACGGAGCUCCGGGAGACGGCUUACGAGAUACUGGUUGGAGCUUGUCGGACUACCGGUGGGAAGCCUUUGACUUACAUAUCGCAGUCGGAGAGGAAUUCGGAGAGGACGACAGCACCGACGCCGAUUUUGACGUCGUCGGCGUCGUUGCAGAGGUCGUUGACGUCGACGGCGGCGAGUAAAGUAAAAAAGGCUUUGGGAUUGAGAUCGUCUCGGAGGAGGAAACUGAGCGGCGAGUCGGACUCGGAACGAGUCAAAAAAGCGGUUACGAUUGGGGAGUUGUUGAGGGUUCAAAUGGGAAUUUCAGAGCAAACGGAUUCCAGGGUUCGAAGAGCUCUUUUGAGAGUCGCUGCUGCUCAGUUGGGAAGACGGAUAGAGUCGAUAGUGUUGCCACUUGAGAUGUUGCAGCAACUGAAACCCUCAGAUUUUCCGAAUCAAGGCGAAUACGAAGCUUGGCAGAGGCGGAACCUGAAGCUUCUUGAAGCCGGACUACUGUUGCAUCCUCUCUUGCCACUGGACAAUGCCAACAAUGAUCCUCAGCAACUACGGCAGAUCAUUCGUGCAGCCCUGGAGAAGCCCUUGGAGACUGGGAAAAACAACGUGUCGAUGCAAGCCCUCCGGAGCAUUGUUUUAUCUCUUGCUUGCCGGAAAAGCUUCGAUGGGUCUGUUUCUGAGACCAGCCACUGGGCAGACGGAUUCCCAUUGAAUCUCAGAAUCUACCAAGCGCUGCUAGAAGCAUGUUUUGAUGUUAAUGAUGAAACAUCUGUUAUUGAAGAAGUUGAUGAGGUUCUUGAACUCGUAAAAAAAACAUGGGUAGUCCUGGGGAUGAACCAGAUGCUGCAUAAUCUUUGUUUCUUGUGGAUAUUGUUUAACCGUUACGUGGUAACUGGUCAAGUGGAAGGUGAUUUGUUGUUUGCUGCCAAUAAUCUGUUGAAGGAAGUCGAAAAGGAUUCGAAGGCCAUGAAAGAUCUGGAUUACUCCAAGAUAUUGAGUUCUACUUUGAGUGCAAUUUUAGGUUGGGCUGAGAAAAAGCUUCUUGCCUACCACGAUUAUUUCAAUAGUGAUAACACCGAGUUAAUGGAAUGUGUUGUUUCUAUGGGGGUUCUAUCGGCAAAGAUAAUGGUAGAGGAUAUCUCGCAUGAGUACCGUAAGAAAAGAAAGGAAAUUGGUGUGGCUCACGAGAGAGUUGAUAUGUACAUACGAUCAUCACUCCGUACUGCUUUUGUUAAGAUAAUGGAGAAGGUGAAGUCUAGCAAACGUUCAUCUAAUAAGAACCAGCAAAAUCAGCUUCCUUUCCUUUCCAUCCUCGCACAGGAUGUAUGUACACUGGCUUUCAGCGAGAAGGCGAUAUUUAGUCCAAUAUUAAAGAGGUGGCAUCCUCUUCCGGCCGGUGUGGCUGUUGCCACUCUUCAUGCCUGCUAUGGGAAUGAGCUGAAGCAAUUUGUUUCCGGCAUUGGUGAAUUGACACCGGAUAUAUUGCAAGUGCUGAAAGCUGCGGAAAAAUUGGAGAAAGAUCUGGUGCAAAUCGCGGUUGAAAACUCGGUGGAGAGUGAGGAUGGUGGGAAGUCAAUCAUAAGGGAGAUGCCUCCUUAUGAGGCUGAAUCCGUAGUCUCUAAUCUGGUGAAAUCAUGGAUAAAGAUUAGAUUAGACAGACUGAAGGAAUGGAUCGACAGGAAUCUGCAGCAAGAGGUAUGGGAUCCACGGGUGAAUAAAGAGCGAUUUGCUCCUUCUGCUGUUGAAGUUUUGAGAAUUGUAGAUGAAGCUUUGGAAGCAUUCUUUUUGUUACCGGUAUCCAUACAUGCUACAUUGCUUCCUGAUUUAACCAAUGGUAUUGACAUAUGUCUUCAGAAUUACGUGUUGAAGGCGAAGUCCGGCUGUGGCACCCGAAGUACUUUUGUUCCAUCAAUGCCUGCUUUGACUAGAUGUUCAACACGGUCAAAAUUUCCGGGUGUAUUUAAGAAAAAGGAGAAGUUUCAGAUGGCACAGAAUAGGAAAUCUCAGGUUGGGACUACAAACGGGAAUGACUUGUUUGGGAUACCCCAGCUAUGCUGUCGUAUUAAUACUCUUCAGCAUAUUCGAAUGGAGUUGGAUGUCUUGGCAAAAAGGAAAAUUGUGCAUCUUAGAAGUUCUGAAUCUCCUCAUGUUGACAAUGUUGCCAAUGGGACAGGUAAAACAUUCGAACUUACAUCUGCUGCUUGUUUGGAAGGGAUCCAACAACUGUGCGAGGCAACUGCAUAUAAGGUCAUCUUCAAUGAUCUGAGUCAUGUCCUCUGGGACGGUUUGUAUGUCGGUGAAGUUUCAUCGUCUAGAAUUGAACCUUUUCUUCAGGAGCUCGAGCACUAUCUGGAGGUAAUUUCAUUAACUGUGCACGACAGAGUUAGAACACGAGUUAUUACCGAAGUAAUGAAAGCUUCUUUCGAUGGUUUCCUACUGGCUUUACUUGCUGGAGGCCCUGCUCGUGCUUUCAGCCUGCAAGAUUAUGAAGCUAUAGCAGAAGAUUUUAAGUUCUUGACGGAUUUAUUUUGGUCCAACGGUGAUGGACUUCCGGCUGAUCUGAUCGAAAGGUUUUCAUCCACAGUUAAGGCCAUCCUCCCUUUAUUUCAUACUGAUACUGACAGCCUGAUUGAGCAAUUCAAAUACAUGACUACAGAGAGUUACGGUUCUGCUGCUAAAUCCAAACUUCCAUUGCCGCCAACCUCUGGUCAGUGGAGUCCCACGGAACCGAACACACUCUUGCGAGUUUUGUGUUACCGAAAUGACGAGACGGCGGCUAAGUUCGUCAAGAAGACUUACAACUUGCCAAAGAAACUCUGACAAAUUCCUUAAAUCUGGUAAAAUAAGUCGAAUGAUGGGAUUAUAAAAGGCUUGAGGUGAUUCACGUGGCUUCUAUUUGUUUUGAGAACUUAAACUCGGUGUGGGGCAACCUCGUAAGAAUAAAAGGAUACAAUGCUCCGCCGGCGACAGUCAACUGCUUCCAAGCAUUAUGAUCUCGAUAUCCUUGGAGGGUGAGGAUGAUGGAUGAAACAUUAUGAGUCAAUACAACCAAAACUGCAGGAUGAAUGUUUAAGAGGUUUGAUAAUUUAUUUAGAAAAGAAAUUGAAAGGCUUUUAGUCCUGGUUCGUGAAUUGGAAUUUGUAUUUCUUCUUGGUGAUUUUUGAACAGCUUGUGUAUG